AUGGCCAACCCAUUUUCGUGCACGAGCUCAAAUUUUGGAGUUCGCAAGCUCGUUGCGCUGUUUCUUUAUGUGUCGGGAGACUUCGUUCACGACAUUUCAAUUCUCCUAAUUAAUCAGAUAAUCAAUCGUUCGGGUUUAAUGGUAUGGACAUUCAGCAUCAGUGACUUCAUUAUGAGAGCUAGUUGCACUUCCACCGACAAUAGCUUGAGAUUUCCUUGUAUGCCACACCAGCACAUUUCGGCCCUUAAGUUACCAAUUAUUUAUCGCCUCAUGAUCGACGAAGGCCAUAAGCGUAUCGAAUGUGUCUAG